UGCUCCUGUUAGACUCACUGAGGGUCUGUGGAUCAGUUAUGAGUUAUAUAGCGCUCUGUCUGUCCAUUUCUACUGCUCUUAACUCACCUCUGGACCAACUAGAGCACACUAUCUAGGGAACAAUAGAGUUUGACUGCGGAUCUGAAGCGGAACAGCGUGAGGACUCUGACUGAUCAAACAGCGGGAGGAUGUGGAGACUGAAGGCGGCGUUGAGCGGCUCUCUGCUCGGCCUCACACUGCUGCUGCUGCCCGCUCAACUCUGCGAGUCACACCGAUUUCUUCCACAGAAUAAAGCCUCUCAGUUCCUCACGCGACACAGACGAGCAAACACUCUGUUUGAGGAGAGCAAGAAAGGAAACUUGGAGCGCGAAUGCAUCGAGGAGUUGUGUAAUAAAGAAGAGGCGCGAGAGAUCUUUGAGAACAACCCGGAGACUGAAUAUUUCUAUCCCAAGUAUGUUGUGUGUCUGGGCUCUCACCGUGUCGGGAUCAAUAAUCCAAACUCAGAGGCUUUAAUCCCUCAGAACCUGCGGACAUGUGUGCAAGAAAUCAGUAAUCAGUGCUUACCGCUGCCGUGUUAUAAGGAGGGAUACGAGCGCUGCGUGGACGGUCAGGGCUCGUUUACAUGCGUGUGUAAACCAGGAUGGAAGGGCCUGCGCUGUGAACAGGAUAUUAACGAGUGUGAUGACCCUGAAUUCCCUGCGGGCUGCAGCCAAAAGUGUUUCAACUUCCCCGGGAGUUUCACCUGCAGCUGUGAGCGUGGUUUCUACACGCACGACAACAUCCACUGCAUAGAUAUCAAUGAGUGUGUCCUGUAUCCCAGUGUUUGUGUGGAACCUUCCAAAUGUGUGAAUGUUCCGGGUGCGUUUGUGUGCCGAUGCCCGACAGGAUACAAAUACAACACAACCACACGAGAGUGUCAGGAUCUGGAUGAGUGUGAGCAGGCCGGGUGUGGUGGCGAGUGUGUGAACACGAUUGGCAGUUUUUCAUGUCACUGUGACGGGCGCAAGGGUGUGAAGCUGGCAGAGGACGGGCGUUUGUGCGAGAAGAUUCCACAGUGUUUGGAUCUGGCUGACCAUAAACAUGGCGAGAUGUUAUAUCUGGGAGAACAGUUCAGCGGGUUACCUGUGAUGUACCUGUGGUACCGACUGCAGGCCGAUACCAAAUUUGCGGCUGAAUUUGAUUUCCGCACGUUUGAUCCAGAAGGUGUGAUUCUCUACGCCGAGUCAUCGCCGGAAUCGUGGAUUAUGUUGGGUUUACGCGGCGGCCGUAUCGAGGUCCAGUUUAAGAAUGAACAUUCGUUCAAAGUGACCAGCGGAGGCAAAGCUAUUAAUGAUGGACAGUGGCACGUGAUCUCAGUGGAGGAACUGUCAGGCAGCAUGAGUGUAAAGAUCAGUAAAGAGGCCGUUAUGAGUAUUAACAGUCCCGAACGACUCUUCACACCCGUUAACGACAAACUGGAAACUAAAGUUUACAUCGCCGGCCUGCCCAAUCGCAACGAGAGCCUCAUCAAACCGAUCAACCCAAGAUUAGACGGCUGUAUCCGCGGCUGGAAUCUCAUGAAUAAGGGUGCGUCUGGAGUAAAGGAGGUCAUCCAGGAGAAGGAGAGUAAACAUUGUUAUUUGCAUGUAGAGGAGGGCUCGUUCUUCACCGCUGAAGGAUUUGCACAAUUCAACAUUGAUUACAUAGGAAGAAAUGAUCAGUGGCGGGUGGAUGUUGUGAUGAGGAUACGUCCUUCAAGUAGUUCCGGUGUAUUAUUUGCCCUGGUCAGCAAUGAUACUGUCCCUCUAUCUGUUUCCGUGGUAACAAAAGGACCAGAUGAUGCAGAGCUGCAGGUGUUUUUGGACAGCGUGUCUGUAGUCACUCUUCAGUCUCUGAUGCUCUGUUAUCCUGAUCGGUUAGUGGUGGAGAUGAGCGUAUCUGCUGAUCAUCUUCACAUCACAGCGAAUGAUUCAAACAUUUCAUCCAACAGCGAUUCUGAGAUCCUCAGCGGAGCUUUAUCGAAACUCAACAACACCAUGCAGAGUCAAGUCCACACUUACAUCGGAGGACUGCCAGAUCUUCCGCUGUCGAAGAUGCCGAUCUCAGCACACUAUCACGGCUGUAUGGAGAUCAGUGUGAACGGACAGUCACUGGACUUUGACGAGGCCGUUAGUAAAGACAACAGCAUCAAAUCUCACUCCUGCCCCCCUGUAUCUGCCCCCGAUCCCCACCCACACUAGACAGGAAGUGACCUCAUAUCCCAACGCUUGGAUACAUGACGUGUUUCCAUUUGCCUGUUAUGAGUCUGAAUCUGAAGCUGCCCUGUAAUGUUCUAACUAGUGCUCUGUAUGCUGGAUAACAAGGGAUUCUGGACUCCUUGAUUCUCUUGUGGUGUCUGUUUUUUGUUCAUUCUUUUAAAUGGAUGUUUUCCUCACAUUCAUUUGUUAAUACACUAGUUAAGUUCUUUGAUGACUAACCUGUGAAAGUUUGAAAAGCUUCAGGGACUUUAAACUGAAGCUCAUGAGCCUUUUAUAUUUUGCCUUUUCAGAGUUGAACUCUUGAUUGGUUAAAUGCCUGAUUUGAUUCAAAAAGCAAAACGGAUUCAGCUGGAUUUCUUGGCCUAUUACUGAUGUUCAUCUGUCAGUCUUAAAAGUCUCAAGUGGAUAAAAUCACUGUAUUUGUAUUUUUUCCCCCAAGCAUUUAUUUUAUCUUGUAUACAACAGCAAGCUCAUUUUAAUGUGAAUAUGUUUCGGUGGAUUUUGUUUUAAUAAAACAAAUUAAAUGCUG